GAACCCUCGCCAUUGCUUCCUUUGUGGAAAGCAUUAACGCCAGCCCUAUCAGGUGGAGAGCGCAUCCACCCCGAGAGCUUCGCUCUCCGAUUCCCUCUAACAUUGGACCAGCAUCUACUGAGCAAACGUCCUGGUGCUUCACAGGGCUGCCGGCGCACUGCCACCAUCUCAACUUCUAGCAUCAUCUCGCCGCCACUGCAGCCGUUGCUCGCACUUGCCUACACACCAAGGAGGAGGAGCAGCGAUCCCAGAUCGCCCAGCCUGUCAUUAUUUAGUUAUUUUGGUGUAUACUAGGAUCUACUAUAUUUUUGUGUACAGUUGGAUUUGCAGUGUUUGCGCGUCCUUUGUCAAACUAAGGGACGAUAUUCGACAAGAACAGGCACAGUUCACAGCCAAAGCUUCCAGGUUUUGUGUGAUCUAGUUCACUCCAAGUAGCAGUCAUGGAUGAGAUGGACCUGCCCCAGAUGAAAAAGGAAGUGGAAAGCCUGAAGUACCAGCUGGCGUUUAAGAGAGAGAAGUCCUCCAAAACAGUGACAGACCUGGUGAAAUGGAUUGAUGAGUGUGUGCCCCAAGACCCCUUCCUGAACCCAGAGCUGAUGAAGAACAACCCAUGGGUGGAGAAGGGCAAGUGUAUCAUUCUUUAAGAGAGCAGGAGGUGGCCCCACGGCCCCCCGCCUGGGGGCAGCAGGCGGCCCUGCGACUCCACUCCCAGAACUGAACACACCUGAAGUCCUGCUCCUCCCCGUUUCGCUUUCACAAUGAAUGUACAACAACCAUUAUCCACACACCCACACACACACCCACACACUCACACUCUCUCUCUCUCUCUCUCUCUCUCUCUCUCUCUCUCUCUCUCUCACACACACACACACACACACACUGAGUCAUUAGCAUCCUACACUCACUUGCAAGAUUUAAAACUUUGCCAUGCAUUACUGUUAUUAUAACUAUAAAUGUCAAUAUAUCUUAAUAUGCAGUUAGUGGAAUUUCUUUCAUCUCAUAUUUCGGUGUUGUCACCGUGGCUUGCCCUGUUUCGAUGAUGAGUUCAAACAUACAGCAUGAAUGUGUAACUGCCAGAAAUGGUCUGUAGGACCCCUGGAUAUGGGACACAAUUCAUUCAGGAACUUGAGAAGCCAUUGGAGGUGCUGGCCUCUGUUCUUCUGAGCAACCCGCUCAUCCACCUGGCCGCUGCACUAUUUAAAGACAACACCGCCACGUAAAUACCAUUCUGUACAGAUUAGUCUAUUUAAUUUAUUGCCUAAUUUAUUGUCUUGUAUCUAUUUAUUUAUUUAUUUGUUUGUUUAUUUAUUUAUUUAUUCCUGGUUUUAGCAAGUGCUGAUAUUUUUGGCAUUAGAAGCUCUGGUGGGCUUGCUCUUUGUCUGCACCCUCCCUGAUAUAGAUAAGCAAAAGGGAAAAAACGCAUCGGUUUACCAUCGAAUACUGCCUUGUACACAGUUUCCUUAAAAAGAACGUAUGGGUUUUGCCAGGGGUCUGAGAGCCAUGAGGUGGCACUGUGUGCAGAGGUGAGACUGCACACAGCCAGAUGCACAUCUGCUUAGUGCUGUGUUCCUUCAAAAGCAAGGCAGGGCUGAGGGGGAAUUCAUUAUGUCUGAUUUUGUUUUACACACACACACACACACACACACACAAUAACUAUUCGAAAUCUAACUAUCUUGCGGUAUAUUCCAUUUGAGAGUGCUUUGAAGAAUUAUGCAUAACUACUAGAUUAUUAACUAAGCAAUAAGUAAUGGCAUUUUUUUAUUAAAUGUUUUACAAAAAACAUUUAUCUUGAAUAAAGUAGAAGAUUUUUAGACAG